AUCGGAGAUCCAUACCUUAUUUUUGGAUUUUUCUUAAAGAGAUAUAGCAUGUAAGGGACUAUGUGAAUAUUUUGGAAAUUUGUAAUUUGUACUCAUUCUGUGUCGGGAUUUUUAAAAUUACCCUCCGAUUAUUCUCCAAACAUCACUGCAUUCGGCCGUUACAGUAGUGAAACCUGGCUGUGAAGUUCAGUGUUAACUUUCACAGAAUUUGUAUUAAUGUCUCUGUGUAAAAAAAUUUUGAAGUUGCUGUUCACAAAGUGUUAAUAACAUAAAAUAUAAUUUAAGUAAUGAAAUAGUUCUAAUAUACUUUUAUACAUCUUGUUUUGCUCUUUUAUUAUUAACAUAUCCUUUAAUUGUAUUAAACAUGCACAUGUCAUUUUGGUUAGGAUACCAAUUAAAUGAUCUCCUUUUCAAUAAACUUAAUGUUACUUCAGUGACAGGAUUUCUCUUUGCUUGUGCAUGUAUAAUUGUUAUCGUUAUUAUGUAUGAAGCUUUAAAAGUAUGUUCUGCCACGAUGAAGCUAAAUUCCGCUAUCUUAAAGGUACCAAAUCGCCAACGAUGUUUAUCAGAUAAUACUGUUUUAAUAAAUAGCGCACCUCGAUUUCAUGCUAGAAGGAAUCUAUGGAGAUUUUCUGAAGUUAUCAUCUAUGCCCUUGAAAUAACCUUUGGUUACAUUAUUAUGUUAUUGGUUAUGUCUUACAACUUUUAUCUACUUCUUGUUGUAUUGUUGUCAACUGGUGGAUGUUAUGCCUUAUUUGGACAGCAUUUAUUGCAUUUGAAAUUAAAGACUUCUAAACUGAAAGCUCCUUGUGAACACUGCCUUAAACAUGAAAAUUCUAGUCCUACAUCUUCAACUGAAAUAAUUUCAGAGAGUAUAAAUGACAAUAGUCUUGGUUGUUGUUCCCAUUCAGCUGCAGAUGAAUCUACCCACUCCUGAAAAAUGUUUCUCUAGUCAAUAUAACUACUGUUUAUAAUAUCUAGUUUUCUACAAAAUUCUAAAAUUUAUUUUAAUGUCUCUCAAAUGGAUUCUUAUUUCACCUUAAGCUGACAAAUUGAUUUUCCUUUAUUGUAGAUUUUUAUUAGAUAUAGUAUUCAUUUUCACAUUAAAAUAAAUUAUAUUUUCCUACUGUGUUAUCAUAUUAUUGAUUUAAAGUUUAAAAAUAAAAUUUGUAAGUUAGUAUUUUUAUAUAAUGAAUGGUAUGGAACUUUAUCUUUAAAUAUAUUGUAACCGUCCUAAUUAUAUUGGCAACUUAUGUUGGCUUUUAUGAUUGAACCUUGCAAACCAAAAAUAUAUAUCGGAGGAAAUAUAUGUUUUGGUUUGCUAAUUUUAAUUUCUAUAAAUUGCAUUAAUUCCUUGACUGAGUAGUCUUCUACAUCUAAUAUUUGAAAGCUGUUGAAGUUAAUAGUUUUUUUAUCGACUGUUUGUACCAAUUUGAAAAUGGCUGUAAUAAUGAGUUACCCUGUUGUAAAAUAAAUUAUUAAUGUUAUUAUGUUUAAUUGUUUAAAUAAGUGAAUGUUUAAACAUGUUAUAAGUUAAUAAGUGUGUUAUCAUUGAGUGAAAUUGGUAUUAUUAAUAUGUAUUGAUCAUUUUAAAUAUCCUUUGAAGGUCUUUGAAAAAGAAAAGAAAAAAAACGUUUCAGUGACAAAUGUUUUAUUAUUAUUUAGAACUUUUCUUUAUGAUUGCUUGUGUAAUUUGAUUGGUAAAUAUUUUGUACUUUAUCCUGCUAGCUUGACCUACUUUCAUGAUUAAAAUGGAACAGAAGUUGCUGAAAUGUUUAGCUAAAAAAUCAUUCUCAUAAAAUUAUAUUACAGAAUAUGAUUUUUGAAGAAAAAAUUCUUGAAUAAAAGAAAUUUCAUUAACAUUUUAAUGAAGAAAUGUGUAAACCAUAUCUUUACACUUAUGAUUGAAGUUUGAAGUUUCUAUCCAAUGUUUGUCAAUAACUUUUUAUUAAUGUUUACGUUUUUAUUUACAAAACUGUUUUUACAGUAAUGUGUACAUCCGUCUUCCUUGAUUUUAUUGUAUUUGUAAAUAAUGGAAUAUAUAUCUAUUAUAUAUAUAUAAGUAACCGGUCUUUCUGACCUUUGUCUUUCAUUAAAAAAAACAACUACAAAACUGAUGAGCCUUACAUAUACUCAUGUCAAUUUUGAUUAUGUAUGAUAGAUGCAUAAGAUGCAUCACAGAUGUAUUUAUAUUGUAUUAGAAUUAUUGUUUACCUUGAGAAAUAAUUUUAUUAAUGUUAAAUAAAUGAAAAAAAAAAAAAUGUUUACGUUAAAAUGUCUGUUCUUUCACAUUUCUGAUGGAUUUUAUUUAAAUCACUAGAGUGGGUUUUUUUUUCUUAUUUCAGAUGGAAUCUAUGCUUUGUUUCUAGAUUUGCUUUCAAUUGCAUUUUCCAAACAUUCUUAAUUUUGCUCUUGACCCUUUAUAUUCAUCAGUGUUAAGUUUUAAGCAUAACAUUAAAGUCAUGUUGCAUACAA